UCGAAAUUUUGUUUCAAAGUGUGAAAGAAAUGAACGUGAUUGAUGAAAAAAUUGGAAGUGCUGAGCAUCCGUAUGAAAAUGCAUCGAUUCUUAAGCGAUGGUCGUUUUGGUGGUUAACGGAUUUAUUCAAAUUGGGAUUACACAAACCGCUUGUUGCAAGCGACAUUUACAAAAAUUUACAUGCAAAUGACUCUGUUAAACUAACGCAAAAGUUCAAUGAAUGCUGGGAAGAGGAGAAAAAUCAUGGCAAAAAAAAUCCACGAAUCAAACACAUCAUCUGGAAAUUAUGCGUGUCAAAAAUCAUUGGCUUUAGUUUUAUUUACUCACUGGUUGAUAUUUUUUUAAGAAUCACGCAGUCAUUUUGUCUCGGAGGUUUGGUGACUCACUUUUCCGAUGAAAACGAUCAUCCAAACACAAUGGCAAUAUGGUAUGCAUGUGUACUGAUCAUGUGCGCAUUUAUAUCGAGCUCACUCACAAAUCCAUUUCAAAUGUACGCAUUUCAAAAGGGAAUGCAAAUGCGUGUCGCCUUCGCAUCCAUGAUUUAUAAUAAGGCCAUUAAAAUGAGAAAAUCAUCGUCAAUCAGUCAUUUAAAUGGGAAAAUAAUCAAUUUACUGGCAUUCGACACAUAUCGAUUUGACAAUGCACUGUCGUUGCUGCAUCAUCUGUGGAAGGGGCCGAUUGAAGUUAUUCUCUUUGGGUUUUUGCUCUACAAAGAAAUUGGAUACUACGGUUUGAUUGGGAUCGUUUUCAUUUUGUGCUUGAUACCAUUUCAAACCACCAUGGGAAAAAUGACGGCCAAAUACCGUUAUCACUUUGUGAAGCAAAGUGAUUCACGUAUUUCUCUUUUAAACGAAAUCAUUCAGGGCAUUCAGUCGAUUAAAAUGUAUGCCUGCGAAUUGCCGUUUGUCAACCUGAUCGAAGCGAUCCGAAAAAAAGAGUUGCAUGCGAUUCGUUCGAUCUUCAUUAUUCGUGGGAUUCUCUGUAGUUUUUCCAUCAUUUCACGCUUAUCGAUCUUCCUGACACUGGCAUCGUUUGUUUUCUUUGGCAAUGUUUUCACACCGCGUCAAGUGUUUGUGGUGACAACAUGCUUCAACUUUUUGUACGAUUCGAUGCUGUACUCAUGGACAGUGGCCACAACCUCACUUGCCGAAUGUUUCGUCUCAAUGAAACGUAUUGAAGAAUUUCUACUUCUGCCGGAAGGAAAACCAAUGAAAAACGAUGGAAUAAAUUUCGGUUAUUGUCCGGAUAACAAAAUAUUUUCACCGAAAACAUUCUUACGAAAAAUUGUGAAUUUCAGUGAAAGUGCUCAAAACAAGUGUGUUUCGUUUAAAAAUGUAACCGCUGAAUGGUGUGUUGAAAAUCAAUCAGGCAUAAAAGAUAUCAAUUUUCAAAUAGAUUCAAAUGAAUUGGUCACCGUCACCGGUCCGGCUGCCACGGGAAAGUCGACGAUUUUGCAUGUCAUUCUACGGGAACUUGAAAUUAACAACGGUGAACUGACGGUUAACGGAGUUGUUAGCUAUGCGUCGCAAGAACCUUGGCUCUUUGAUGAAACUCUACGUCAAAAUAUCUUAUUUACGGAACCGUACAAUCGAGAACGAUACCAUGAAGUGAUUCGUGUGUGUGGUCUGGAAAAAGAUUUGCAACUACUGAGCGCCGGCGAUUUAACAAUGGUGGGCGAGUCGGGGACGUGCUUGAGUGGCGGGCAAAAGGCACGAAUCUCUUUGGCCAGGGCCAUUUAUCGACAUGCCGACAUUUAUUUACUGGACGAUCCUUUGUCAGCGAUUGAUGCUGCCGUGGCAAAACACAUCUUUUAUCAUUGUAUCAAAGGAUUUUUACGAGAUAAAAUUUGCAUUCUGAUCACACAUCAGGAACAAUUUAUAAAAGCAUCGAAUCGAGCCAUUUUUAUGAACGACGGCAAAAUUAAAUUUCAAGAAAAAUAUGCGGUUGAUGCAAAUGAAAAGAACCGAAUGAAGACAGAAUGGAAGACAAAGAUUUUGGAUGAGAGCAAAAAUUCAUCAAACAUGAAAAAAGCAUAUGCCCAUCAGCUACAGUGUCGGAAAGAACAUCAAUCAACAGGAGCCGUCAGCGCCAGCAUAUACAAAUCAUAUUUACAGUCUCCGGAAAGCCCAAUUCUAUUGACUGUUGUUAUGCUUCUGUUUAUCAUUGGCCAAAUUUCAAUCAGUGCCAUCGAUUUUUUGGUCUCGAAGUGGGUAAACUGGGAAAUCGAUCUGACUGGUGAAAAUGUUACUUCAUCUAAUGUGACCAACACAUUCUCCAAUGAGUCCAUCACAACUGACCGCGCAAAAUAUGUUUACGUUUAUGCAUUAUUAAGCAUAAUCGUUCUAUAUUUGGUAUUUCAAAGAGCGAUUAUUCUUUAUAUGUUUUGUUUGAAAGCAUCGCGUCGAAUCCAUGAGAAAAUGUUAAAUGGUGUUAUUCAAGCCCAAAUGUAUUUCUUCAAUGUGAACUCUUCCGGGCGCAUCAUCAAUCGAUUUUCUAAAGAUCUUUACGAUAUAGACUACUACAUAGCAACGACUUUAUAUGAUUUGAUGGUGUUCUUUCUGCAAUGCACAAUGUCACUGAUUCUGGUGUCAAUGACAAAUAUUUGGCUGGUGGUGGUAACAUUAGUACUGAGUUUUAUAUUCUAUGCAAUACGCCAUAUCUACGUAUCAUCGGCUCGGUGUUUGCGGCGCAUUGAUGCUCUUGGGAGAAGUGCAAUAAUCAGCCACACAAAUUCGACAAUCCAUGGUUUGAAUACAAUCCACGCAACAAAUUCCGAACGUACUUUGGUCACCGAAUUCAAUUCACUGCAAGAUCACAAUACUAGUGUCUGUUUUAUUUACAAAGCAUCAACACAGGCGAUCACUUUCUGGUUGGAACUUCUUUGUGUCUUAUAUAUGACGAUUGCCAUCGUGAUAUUUCUGGUUUUUGAAAAGGAAAUAAGUGGUGGAAAUGUUGGAUUGGCGAUCACACAAAUAAUGAGCUUAAUACCUCUGGGUCAAUGGGGUGUUCGACAGUCGGCUGAAUUGGAGAAUAUUAUGACUUCAUUUGAACGAAUCAAAGAAUACACCGAUUUAAAAGCUGAAGAUGAGACAGUCAGUGAAGCAAAGGUUCAUGAAAAUUGGCCAGAAAAUGGUUCAAUUGAAUUUUCCAAUGUAUCGCUGAAGUACUCGGAAAAAGGCAAUCGAAUGCUGAACAACUUAAGCUUGAAAAUUAAUUCCGGGGAAAGAAUUGCCGUUUGCGGUCGAACUGGUGCUGGCAAAAGUUCCAUUAUAAAAGCUCUAUUCCGGAUGGCGCACAGUACGGGUGUGGUCAGCAUAGAUUCGGUGGACAUUUCAAAAAUUCCAUUGCAUACAUUGCGUUCGAAACUCUCAAUAAUACCACAAGAUGUGACACUGUUCUCCGGCACGAUACGAGAUAAUUUGGACCCAUUCAAUCAACAUUCAGAUGACGAGCUUUGGGGAGUUCUUGAUCAGAUUGAUUUGAAGAGCAUCAUCUCAGCAUUGUCAAAAGGAUUGGAUACCAAAGUUCAGGAUAAUGAAUGUAAUUUCAGUGCUGGGCAACGAGCAUUGAUCUGUUUGGCCCGUGCACUUUUGAGAAACAAUAACAUUUUGAUAUUGGACGAGGCUACUGCAUGUCUUGACAAUGCAACUGAUAGUUUACUGCAGAAAAUAAUCCGAGAACGCUUUGGUGGUUGUACUGUUGUGACAAUAGCGCAUCGACUUCAUACAAUUAUGGAUAGCGAUCGAAUUCUUGUUAUGGAUGCUGGCCAAGCCGUUGAAUUCGAUCAUGCACAUUGUUUACUUCAAAAUGAAAAUGGAUUUCUGACAAAACUAGUCCAUGAAACCGGAUCUGAAAACUCAAAAUAUAUCAAAGAUAUCGCCAUGAAAAGUUAUGAAAAGAAAUUUUGCACAGAGUAA